CUGCCACCUCAUCCCUCGUCAGCAUAUCAUAAUCCAGCCCAAUAAGCUAACGACUCUACUUUCUCCAUGAUCCCGGUGUAUGUCCCUUUUAUUUUUAUAGCCGUCGUUGUGGGGGGCCUUGGUCUCUUUUCCAAAAUCUACAGGCGACGGCAAGCUGCUCAGAAAUAUGAACCGUGGUUCCCUUCGCACCCUGAUAGGGACACGUACAUAACCCUCCUCCAGAAAACAGAUCCACCAGCUAGCGACGGACUUCUAAAAGCUGCACUCCUCCGUCGUGCGGUGGCAGACGUGUCACGCGCAUUCCGGAUUAAAGAGGACAAGGCGGCCCUUAACAACUUGUUAGUAAAGGGAUCCAUAGGAGAUGACCUUUGGAACAGCUUCCUAGCUGCCGAGAAAGAAUUAGAGGCAGAAAUAUAUGAGGUCGUCACUGAGGCGAAUUCAUACCUGGACGGAUGGGGGAGUUUCAUAUUCCAGAGCGCAAGCGAGAUUGUGCAAAAUGAAAAAUACCGGGAGGUAUUCAUGAAUAUACCCCAAAAGAGGGCUGAAAUAGGCAAGACGUCGCUCCCCGCAUUCCUUCUCGUUGUUUUAACCCAUCCUCAGAUGAAACCCUUGGGAAGUCCGCGAAUACUCUUAACGGUCCAACAAAGGGUCCGACUAUUGUCACUACCCUCGUCGAGCAUGAACCCACCUCUACUAAUAGCCCCUCCCAAAACAAUGGACGGCUAACCACAAAGCAAGGUGCCAGAUCUGCCCCCCAAGAACUUUCACCUUCGCAGGCCUCAAACCAAUCAUCUCCUGCCAACACGGCAUCGCCUCUGCCGCAAGGCUCUCCAUCCCCCGCUACCCCUUCUUCAGCUAAGGUAUGUGCCUAUUCCAUUUCACCGUGCUGCGUGACAACAUCUCAACUUACACAAUACAGCAGCCGUCAAAGAAGAAGCGCGGGCGAAAGUAGCUUAGGUCCUUGUCCCUCUACCUUUUCAACUUAAUUGAAUCAGUCAUGUUUGCCUGCAUUUCCAUCAAGUUACGAAGUAGAAUAUGGGCAAUGUUAAGAGCUGAUACAACGUAAAAAAAGUAACUGCGAGCAUUCGAGCCAUAGAAAGAUAAAAUGGCGCUGUAUAGUAUAAGAAAGGAAGUUCGGCACAAUCAUGCAAAAUCCCAAACUUU